AUGUCUAGUCUCUCUGAGACCAUAUACAACAACAGCUCUGGAGGCCCAGUCACCGAAAUCAACUGCGUCUAUCCAAUUUCUGGCACCUACGGUCUCCUUCCUCGUCUUCUAUACUAUGUAACCUUGGUUUUCGCCAUCUUCGGUCGCAGGACAGAAUGGCUCAUCAUCGGGGCCCUCGUCAGCGCGCUCACGUACGCAGGGGCCUCGGCAGUCCACCUCAUGGCUCUGGUGACCAGCAAAACAGGAAUUUUCGACCUGGAUAUCAUGGCCGCGUGGGCAGUGUUAUCGACAGGUGCUCUCGCCUAUAUUGGUAUUAUCCAUUGGAGUUCCACACUAAGAGGAACACGCGCCCGGGUUGUUAUGAUCUGUUGGGGGUUUUUGGUAGGCACCAGCCUGAUCUUUGGGAGGUCGGAACUGUUCGAUACGCCGCUGGACCCGCCUGAACCCGCCUGUUACUCUCCACAGGGAAUGCUGUUGGAGUAUCCCAUACAGAAAUGGAUGAAUCCGGACUUUGCGAACUGCAGCUACAGCUGCUUCAACAUCACGAAGCCGAUGAGGCAGGCAUCUGAAGUCAUGGCCAUCCCCCACAGCAUUUUGAACAAUUCACAGUACAGGACACUCACAUAUGUGCUGGUCGGACCGAUCCAGUUUGCGGCCUACGCGGCGCUCAGUAUUGACGUACAGGAGCAUACUCCAUCGACUCUGUGUAUGAAGUUGGUCAUGAGCUACCUGAUUCAUCCGGGCCACCGAGAGCAAUUUACUAAAACGGUUUACAAGGCGAGUAUGGAAAGGUGGUAUGGUGGGUAUUUCGCACUGCUUGGCUACGUGCAUCGGGCCAAGUGGUCGUUCAGGAAGUUGGGCUUGUCUUCGUUCGUCAUCCCAUGGUUGAUCCUGGGGUUGGCCAUCGAUAUUUUGUGUUUGCCGCUCAUGGUGUGUAAUAUUGUCAUGAAUGAAGUCACCUUGUUACGAGGGGGCUUGCCGACGAACGAGGCAAGUAUGGCAAUCGGCCAAUGGGGGCCCAUUGUGAGUUCUGUGCUUGUCUUGAUAGCGGCCUGUAUCAACAAGGGAUUGGAGAUAUGGGAGAGAAGGAAACAGACAAAGGAGUUGGACAGUGUCACCGAGAGCGUUGUGACUGUGGUUCCAGAUGACAUUGAAGGAGCCAUGGCAGACGGUGAACAGGAGAGCGGAGUUGUCAAACCCAAGCUCGCCCAUGUACAGACAUUGCGAGAAAUGGAGGAUCUGGUGAAACGGUCAAAGUGA